CCGACGACCACCUGGUUGCUUCCAAUUCACAAUGACUUCAUAUCUCAGUUCGUUACUUUGGGGAACCUCUCAGCUUGACGAUGCCAUUGACAAGGCAACCUCCGAGUUGCUGCCAAGCGGUUCAGAAGAUAUCGCCCUCAACCUUGAGAUAUGCGACCAGAUCCGUUCCAAGUCCGUCCAGCCUAAGGAUGCUAUGCGCGCCCUCAAGCGGCGACUUGGCCACAAGAACCCCAACGUCCAGUUACUCGCACUCAGCUUGACCGACGUCUGUGUCAAGAAUGGCGGCGACCCCUUCCUUGCGGAGAUCGCCUCCAGGGAGUUCAUGGAUAACCUCGUCUCGAUACUCAAGAUGCCCACUCUGAAUCAUGACGUCAAGAACAAGAUCCUCCGCUACGUGCAGGACUGGGCGACCGCGUUCGAGGGCAAGCCAAGUUUGAGUUACGUGGGCGAGGUGUAUAAGACACUCCAGCGCGAAGGCUUCAACUUUCCUCCCCGUGAUCCCGCUGUCACUGCAUCAGCAAUGGUGGACACCCAGACAGCGCCCGAAUGGAUUGAUUCGGACGUUUGCCUUCGCUGUCGGACACCUUUCACGUUUACAAACCGCAAGCACCAUUGUCGCAACUGCGGCCAGGUCUUUGACCAAGCAUGUUCGUCCAAGUCUAUGCCCUUGCCACACUUCGGCAUCACGCAGGAGGUUCGAGUGUGUGAUACGUGUUACAACAAGCUUCACAAGAAGGCCCACAAGACCCACAGAUCAUCCCAAAGCGUCUCGACCUCGCGACACCGCUCCGCUCGCGACCUAUAUGACUCUGAACUGCAACGUGCGAUUCAGCUAUCUCUCGAAGAAGUUGGCGCGGCUGGUGGUCGUCGCCCUGGCUACGUCCCUUCCCCUUCAUCCUGGCAAACGUCUGAGCCACCGCUGGUUGACAAUUCUACGCGCUCUUACGCAUCCUCGUCAUACUCUCGAGAAGAAGAGGAUGAUCCGGACCUUAAGGCUGCCAUCGAGGCUAGCUUGCGCGAGGCAAACGCGCCUAAGCCUAGCGCACCGAUUGUGAUUGACGCGUCAGAGAGGUUCAUGGCGGAACAGCAAGUCACUCCCAGAUAUGCUCAGUCGUAUCCUCCUUCGAGCGCAACGCCGAAGCCACGAUUACCUACUAUACCCAAUUACGACCUAGAGGUGCUGGAAACGGACGCCAUCUUGACGUUCAAUCAAACGGUGGAGCAAGUCCAGGCUCAGGGGGGAAGGGACUUGUCUAGAUAUCCCGCGGUAACAGAGCUGUACGACAAGGCAAACGCGCUGAGGCCCAAGCUUGCAAUGAGCUUGAACGAUACCAGUCGUAAAGAGCAGAUGCUCGUCGAGAUGCAUGAGAAGCUCUCACAAGCCGUCAGACUCUACGACAAAUUGCUCACGGAGCAGCUCGAGCGUCCUCAAUGGAGAACAGCUGGCCCUUCUACCGUACCUCAACAGCAGUCUCCCCCGUCGGGCUACUCCACGCAGUAUCAGCCCAUCAACGGCGCGUACGAACAGUGGCAGCAGGCACCCCAGCAGGUACCUUCAACGCCAGUACCAGCCCAGUCAUACUUCUCCCCGACACUCGCACCUGUCUCCCAGCCCUCUGGCGCCUACAUCACGUCCCCAGCCAGCGAACAUCCCCCACAGCAGAUGUACCAGGCCGCCACCGCACCUAUCCUCUCUCCUGGUUCUCCGGUCAUUCAAUCUCGCUACGGUCAGGAAGGCUUACCAUUCUCUGCCGUCUCACCACCACCUGUCUCCGUGCAGCAGUACGGCGCCCCUCCUACCCCUGCCCCGGCUACGUACCAGCCCGUCCCACAAGCACCCCAAGCUGCGUCUGCACCUCCACAACCUUCGACCGCCUCGUCGCAUCCUCAAUAUGCCUCACAGCAGCAGCAGCAACCCCAGGCCCCCCCGCUCUCCCGGCACAACACCGUGAGCGGCUACCGCGCCCCGGCGCCUCCAGCCCAACAACCUGCCGCUCCCAACGUCAACGGCCUCGCUCGCGCAAACACGGUCUCGUCGCACGCGCCCUCGCAGCUGCAGUACCUCCAGCAGAUGUCCGUACCCCUGCCGAGCUUCCCUCAGGUGCCGAACACGCCGCCCCAGCCGCAGGCGUACUACGCUACGGGCCCGCCAGAGCCGGAGCGCAAGGAGGCGCUGCUCAUCGACUUGUGAGCCGUCAGUGAGCCCAUGUCGCAUGCUGCGCGCGGUGCGGGAGAAGAGGCUCAUCGAGCGACUCGGCUCGAGACGGCGGAUGCGUAUUGAUAGGACCCAGGCUUGUAAUCUUAUGGAUGGACUCGUAUGUUAGACUAUGGCUUGUAUGACAAUAUUAACUCC